AUGUGUUUCAGCAUUAGAGAGCUCCAUUUAAAUGGUGGAUUGUUUCGAGACAGUUUUGUGGCGUUAUCAAAUUCUCAAGGUCCCCCUAACCCUAGCUAUGGUGAUGGUGCUGAUUCCCGUAGGCAUGAUGAGCUACAAAUGAAGCGCGAUCUAUCGCCUCAGUCAAGCCAAGCCGUCGUGCCUCGCGUUAUCUUCUUUGGUGGCGAUGUGGUAUCCUUGGCUUCCCUUAAAGCGCUGCAUGCGCGCAUGCGUUGCAUUUUCGGCCACACAACUCAUUCCAGCUCCCUCCAAGAGGGCGUUGUUGGGGGGAACCAUGACGAACUCGUCGAAGCGCUUGUGAGGGAUCAUCUAACAGUGGUCUGCCCCUCCCUGCCAAGCGGUCUUACACCAAGGCAGGUUAUCGAUACCUACACACGACAGUACCCUAUCGCCCGCUACGCGGCGGCGGAGGGGCUUCACGUGAUCCCGGUUGACCACCCUCACUCCUUCGCGAAGAGUCUACUGCUGCAGGAGAUGCUGGAAGGUGCCUCGGAUUUCGCGAAAGACGAUCACGCUUCAGCGGCGAGUACCUUGCUUGCGUCCGCUUCACUUCAGGACCGUCUUCCCACAAGCACCGCGGGCGAGACGGUUUGCCGCCCCGAGCAUGCGCCUAGCCCUGAAAUCGAUGGCUCUCCCCCGCCACCAUGGACGUGGCGCGCCGCUGGGCGCCCUUUACGCGACUUUGAUCUCGCCGUUGUGGUCUCCUUCCGCUAUUUCCUUCCGGAAAGACUCUUGCGUCGGCUGCCGUGCACGAUCAACAUGCACCCCUCGCUGCUCCCUCGCUACCGCGGCGCGAGCCCCGUCUUCUCGACGCUGAUGAGAAACGAGGCCGAAGGGGGCGUAAGCGUCAUCCGGCUGCCCCCGGGGAAGGCCGCAAUGGACUCCGGCGACAUCCUAUGGCAGCGCCGCCUGCCCAUCCCCCGCGAGAUGGAUAUCCGCGGUUAUUUGCCGCUGGUUGUGGAGCUCGGGGCGGCGGGGCUAUGCGAGGUGAUAUUCGGUGCCCCAGAUUCGACCCUCGCGUCCUCGCCGUCACCGACCUUCGUUACCUCUGAGGUGAUUCAAGACGCCCUGGAGACGGUUCAGCGGUUGGAGAUGAAGCGCGGUGAUGCCCCUCCUUCCCGCCGCCACCCCCCUGUGCCCCGUGAAGGGGAGGUCGCUGCGGCCACGGAGGCCGCCGCGGCCGGGGCCUUCUCGCGGUCCGUCCACCAUGCCUUCAGUGACUGGCCGGGCGGCUUCUUCUCCCGCCUGGCGGCGGCCGUGCCGCAGACCUACGCGUCCUACUCCCACUUCUCCAUGGACCCCUUCCACGCCCCUUUGUUACCGCGGAAUGCCGCGGGAUUGAAGUUCAGUCUCGCGUCCGGGACAGACCUCUUUGGGGUGUGGCGGGCCUUCGUGGGAGGGCGGUACUUCCACCCUUGUGUCAACGCGACACUCGAUACCGGACGCAGCCCGGUCGCGGAGCGACUCCGCCAGUGCGCCCUUCGCCGUUUGACGCGGGGGAAGCCGGCCCGACAUGAGGGGGCUCGCCGCUCGGUCAUGACUCCCCAUUGCGGGGACGGACCUCCUCCAAGCGAUGGCGAACCAUCAGGGAAAGGGGCGGCGCGGGAUGGACCCAACCAAGGCGGUGGCGGCGCGGAGGAGUCGUGUGGGGAGACGAUGAUGGACCGCGCCGUCAAGGAUCUGCGGCUUAGCUGUACGUUUACGAUGGCUCUGCAUCCCCAUUUGGUGCCGAGCGGCGUACUGGAGGAGCUGAGCGCGAUGGAGGCGGGAGACCAUCUCUGCUUCUAUCAGCCGCCGCCACCGCUUGGCUCGCAACAGGGCUCAUACGGUGCCAGUGUGGAUUAUUUUUCUAUCCGAGGCAGUCGUGACGACAAGGCCGAGCAAUUCGUGGAAGUUGGAAGGCAGACCACUGAUACUUUGUUAUCUGUUGCUUGGUCUGAUAAAAACAGGCCGAAUGACAAUGAAGGCGAUAAAUCUUGCCCUGGUUGUACGUCCGAACCGCAUGCUCAACAACACUGCAUACCGCCUGGAACUGGGUACUUCCCUAAGUGUGCGGAAGAAAUUGGUGCCAUCAAGUGCCGCCAUGGGUGGUUCUUUUGGAAACAAGCACAUCUUAAGUGUGCCCCGCGGCCGCAGCCAGUGAACUUGCUUCGUAAAGGAUUGGGUAUGAAAACAGGAGUGCUGUAUGUUGGACUUUUUUCGGAGUACAGCUGA